AGUGUAAACGCCACCGCACCCACAAGCACGCUCCCUCACGCUCUGCCCGCCCGGACACCUCCACGCACUAAAGCAUCUCCCCUAGUACCCACCCCCACCGCAUCGCCGCAUCGCCGCCCCGCCGCUCGACACGAUGCCCGCCUGCCUGCCCUACUACACCGGCGUGAUGGCCUUCACGCUGAUCCACUUCGUCGCGUGGGCCUUCGCCUUCGUCGCCACGCCCACCGCGCAGUUCCAGGACCCCCACUCCCCGUCCGGCCACGGCUGCUACACCAUGUGGGGCUACCGCAAGUUCUGCGGCGACGUGCCGUACGACCUGACGGGCAACGACGCCUUCGGCUGCAACCGCCGCACCAGCACCAUGCACGCCGCCGCCGCCUUCGCCGUCAUGGCGUCCGUCCUCGGCUUCAUCGGCCUCGUCUUCGGCAUCCUGCUCAACACGCAGAUCAACCUGCCCCCCGUCAUCGCCUUCUCGCUGGCCGCCGCCUGCAUCCCGUGCACGCUCAUCUCCUUCGCCUGCGUCGCCAGCGUGUACACCAUGAGCAUGUGCGACGGCACCAGCUACAAGGGCAAGUACCCCUACACCGCCGGCUUCGCGCUGAUGGUUGCGUCGUGGGGCCUGGAGAUCAUCGCGGUGGUGCUGCUCGGCAUCACGUCGUGGACGCGUCCGCCGAAGGAGGAGGAGGACAACGCCGCCAAGAACUGA